CCUUGUGAAAGGAGGGUUAAUUUGGAAAACAACUAAAAUCAAAUGUGCAUGUGAGUUACGGUGUAACGAAUGCAAAAAUCCUAACAAGAUCCAGAAGUGUCGUCCUUCUUUCCUAUCCUCCUUCCUUCCUUUUCAUUUUGCUGAACCAGACACACACUUUCUCUCCCUUCUUGCCUGCAUCAACCUUAGGGUUUUCUCGAAGAGGACCCUCUGGUUCUUCUUCUAGAUCUAUCUCUUCUGAUUGCUAAUUUACUUAAAGAUGUACGGAUUCGAGGCGCUUACAUUUAACAUCCAUGGUGGAUACCUGGAGGCAAUCGUGAGAGGACACAGAUCAGGUCUUCUCACUGCCGCUGAUUAUAACAAUCUGUGUCAGUGCGAAACCCUUGACGAUAUCAAGAUGCACCUCUCUGCUACAGAGUACGGUCCCUACCUUCAAAACGAGCCUUCUCCACUGCAUACAACUACAAUUGUGGAGAAAUGCACUCUUAAACUUGUUGAUGAGUACAAGCAUAUGUUAUGUCAAGCAACAGAGCCGUUAUCCACCUUUUUAGAGUAUUGCACAUAUGGUCACAUGAUCGACAAUGUUGUCUUGAUAGUCACUGGAACCUUGCAUGAGAGGGAUGUCCAGGAGCUCCUGGAGAAAUGCCAUCCCUUAGGCAUGUUUGACAGCAUUGCCACCCUGGCUGUUGCUCAGAAUAUGAGAGAGCUUUAUAGAUUGGUGCUUGUUGACACACCAUUGGCUCCAUACUUCUCAGAGUGCAUCACAUCUGAGGACUUGGAUGACAUGAAUAUUGAAAUUAUGCGGAACACCCUUUACAAGGCAUACCUUGAGGACUUUUACAGGUUUUGUCAGAAACUUGGUGGCGCCACAGCGGAGAUAAUGUCUGAUCUCCUCGCUUUUGAGGCAGAUAGAAGAGCUGUCAAUAUCACCAUAAAUAGCAUUGGCACUGAGCUCACUCGGGACGAUCGGAGGAAAUUGUACUCUAACUUCGGAUUACUUUACCCUUAUGGGCAUGAAGAACUGGCUGUAUGUGAGGAUUUAGAUCAGGUUCGUGGUGUAAUGGAAAAAUAUCCUCCUUAUCAGUCUAUUUUUUCCAAGUUGUCUUAUGGUGAGAGCCAGCUGCUUGACAAGGCAUUUUACGAGGAGGAAGUGAAAAGGCUUUGCUUAUCUUUUGAGCAACAGUUCCAUUAUGCUGUCUUCUUUGCAUACAUAAGGUUGAGGGAGCAGGAGAUCAGGAAUCUGAUGUGGAUAUCGGAAUGUGUUGCUCAGAACCAGAAGUCUAGAGUUCAUGACAGUGUCGUCUUCAUAUUUUAGUCGCGUUGCGAGCCACUAGAAAUAACCACUUGGCUUUCUGCUUAUUCUGAUGUAAAUUGCUCUUUCAUGGACAAUCUGUUGAUUAUUUUUAAGUUGUGGAGAUUGCCUAGCUGCAUGUCUGCAGGAUCCUCGUUAAAAAUAAGUUCUUUUUUUAAAAUAUUUUUUUAUAUGUGUUUCAAGGGUCAAAUCUUGUAUGCAGACUCAUCAGGUGUAUUAUUGUUGUCGAAUGAGAUCCUGCUUGUGAAAAUAAUUUCAACUUCAUCGAUCAAUCAAUUCCUGUGGAUUGAUUCCUCUCAAA